AUGGCCAUCUCUCAAUUCUAUAUUCUCUCCACUAGAGGUGAUAAAAUUAUUGCAAGGGAUUAUCGUUAUGAUAUUGUAAAGGGAUCUGAGGAAAUUUUCUUCAGAAAGAUAAAGAGUAUGGAUAGUGAAGGGUUCCCUGUAUUUGAAGUACAAGGAAUUCAAUUUGUUUCCCUCAAAAAGAGUAACAUGUAUUUUGUAAUUACUACUAGAAAUAACGUUUCCGCCAUCACUUAUAUUCAAUUCCUUGCCAGAAUAUCAAACCUUAUUAGAGAUUUUUGUGGUACUUUGAAUGAAGAGAGUGUGAGGCAAAACUUUACAUUAAUCUAUGAAAUUCUUGAUGAAAUUAUAGAUAACGGUUUCAUUCAGGACUGUAACACCAAAUUACUUAAAAGCUUUAUAUCUAAUGAACCUGUUGAAUUAACCGAACAAAGAACAGUUAAUAGUACCGCUGCAGCAAGACCUAUUCAAGGCGGACAAAAUAAGAAGAGUGAAUUGUUUCUUGAUGUUCUUGAAAAGAUUAAUGUUACAUUUUCAUCAGCAGGCAAUGUUUUGAAUUCGGAAAUAGUUGGAUCUAUUAUAAUGAAAUCUUUCAUUCCAGGUGAUCCACUCAUCAAGUUGGGAUUAACUGAAGGAUUAGUAAUUUCAUCUGAAGAGAAUAGACCUUAUGGUACUGUUGUUCUGGAUUAUGUUAAAUUCAGUGAAUAUGUUGACUUGAGAGAAUUUGAACAAUCUCGUGUUUUGAGUCUUUAUCCUCCUGAUGGAGAAUUUAGUGUUAUGGAUUAUAGAGUUUCAAAAGAGUAUAAUGUACCAUUUAGAAUUACACCUUAUGUUACUAAGGAAUCUCAAUUCAAAGUUAAAUUAUUGGUAACAUUGAGAAAUGAACUCCCAGCAACUAAACAAGCAACAAAUGUAGUGGUUAGAAUUCCAGUUCCAAAGGAUACUGCCACUGUUAGUGUUGAAUUUGGUGUUGGUCAACAAAACAGUUAUGAAUAUAAUGCAGCUGAUCAAGUAGUUUUGUGGGGAAUUAAGAAAUUCCCAGGUUCAUUGGAACAAGUUAUUAAGAUUAAUGUUGUAACAAAUAGUGCCAUCACAUAUGCCUUGUCACCACAAAUGGGACCAGUUGGUAUGAGAUUUGAAAUUCCAAUGCACAAUUGUAGUGGUCUUGAAGUUAAAUAUCUUAAGGUUGUUACCCCAACCUCUUUGGCUACUCCAAAGAAGUCAACUGAACCUUCUCGUUAUGUGAGAUGUAUAACACAAGCUGGAAGUUAUCUUUGUAGAGUAAAUUGCGAUUAA